AUGAUCCGGCUCGCCCUGCUGCUGUCCGGAGCCUCGGCGCUGCUCAUCACCCUCAUCACCCCGGGGUUCGGGUAUUUUAUGGAGGAACGCUGGAGCCCCGAGUCUUCGCUGCUGGCUCCGCGGGUGCUCAUGGCGCUGGUGUGCCGCAACUCCGAGCACUCUCUCCCGCAUGUUCUGGGUGCUAUCGACCGCCUGAACUACCCCAAAGACCGGAUGGCUGUGUGGGUGGCGACGGAUCACAACGUCGACAACACCACGGCGAUCCUGCGCGAGUGGCUCGUCGACGUGCAGAACCUGUAUCACUACGUGGAGUGGAGACCGAAGGAGAAACCCAGCGCGUACAAAGACGAGCAAGGCCCUAAGCACUGGACCGACCUGCGCUACGAACACGUGAUGAAGCUACGCCAAGAAGCGCUGGAGACCGCGCGGCAGAUCUGGGCCGACUACUUCCUGGUGGUGGACUGUGAUAACGUCCUCACGAAUCCUGACGUCCUGUGGAAGCUGAUGGAGGAGAACAAGACCAUCGUGGCUCCCAUGAUGGAGUCCAGAGCCGCCUACUCCAACUUCUGGUGCGGCAUGAGCUCUCAGGGCUACUACAAACGUACGGCGGACUACAUUCCCAUCAGGCGACGGGACAAGAAGGGCUGCUUCCCAGUUCCCAUGGUGCACUCCACGUUCCUGCUGGACCUGCGGAAGCAGGCGUCCGGCGAGCUGGCCUUCUACCCUCCGCACCCCGACUAUACCUGGGCCUUCGACGACGUCAUAGUGUUCGCCUUCUCCGCCCGCGUGGCAGAUGUUCAGAUGUACGUGUGUAACACAGAGAGUUACGGCUACUUCCCCGUCCCUUUGCAUUCCCAGAAUUCCUUGCACGACGAGGCUGAGAACUUCAUGCACACCCUGCUGGAGGUGAUGGUGACUGGUUCUGCCGUGGAGCCAUCGGUGCACCUCACCGUUCCUCCUAAACACCCCGAUAAAAUGGGCUUCGAUGAGGUGUUCAUGAUUAACCUGCUGAGGCGUCCUGAUCGGAGGCAGCGGAUGUUGAGGACCCUGUGGGAGCAGGAGAUCACCUGCAAGGUUGUGAACGCAGUGGACGGCAAGGCGCUGAACGAGAGCCAGAUCCGGGCGCUGGGGAUCACCAUGUUACCCGGGUACAAGGACCCGUACCACGGCAGACCCCUCACCAGGGGAGAGCUCGGCUGCUUCCUGUCUCACUACAACAUCUGGAACGAGAUAGUGGACCGUGGACUGAAGGUGUCUCUGGUGAUAGAAGAUGAUCUCCGGUUCGAACCCUUUUUUAAAAAGAAACUUCUGACCUUAAUGAAGCAAAUAAAGAAUCAGAAACUCAACUGGGAUUUAAUUUACAUCGGGAGGAAGAGGAUGCAGGCCGACCAUCCCGAGAAGCCGGUGCCCAACAUCCACAACCUGGUGGUGGCCGACUACUCCUAUUGGACGCUGGGCUACAUGAUCUCCUUACAGGGAGCCAAUAAGCUGCUGAGGGCGGAGCCUCUGAGCAAGUUGCUUCCUGUGGACGAGUUCCUUCCGGUCAUGUACAACAAACACCCGGUGGAGGAGUACACGUCCCAGUACGAGCCGCGCGACCUGCAGGCUUUCUCCGCCGAACCCCUACUGGUCUACCCCUCCCACUACACCGGCGACCCCGGCUACGUCAGCGACACCGAGACGUCCACCGUGUGGGACAACGAGACCGUCCGCACCGACUGGGACCGGGAGCGCUGGGAGGACAACCGGGGCAUGCACGUCCACGCCCGCUCCGAACUCUGACCCCACCCUGACCGGCGGGGGCGUACUGGUGCCGCGAAUUUGAAACUUCAGCUAGCCAUGCUAUCGAUUUAGCCAGCUAGCACGGCGCUGUCGUUUUGAUACGGACGAUACAGACCACAUAAAUAAAGACACACGGAGACGGUGGAAAUAAACUGACCACUAACAGAACCAGCCUGUGACCGAGGACUGAAAUACUGAGACCGGCGGCUCAGGAAACGUUUACGUAUUUAUAAGCUAAAUGUAGCGCUUAGUAUUAAAAAAUAAAAUAAAAAAUUUUACAAUACAAUUUUUAUUAGAAAAAUAGAAAAACAAACAUGAGUUUUGGACCAAACGUUUUUAUUUUAUUUUUUAUUUUUUUUGCUUUU